UGGGCUAUCGCCUUUUAUUGCCCUUUUUUUUUUUUCCCUUCUCUUUAAGCAAUACAAAUCCAAUCCAUUUGUAGAGCCUCCCAUCCACUACCUCUUCAUACAGGUCAGGGGGAGCCUGCCAGCCUUGCAGUGGGACAAGUGCUCCUCGUCCCUGCACCAGGACCCAUUGGAGACCUGAGCCUGCAGCUCCAGUCCCUCAAGCCUCUGCUCUGCAGCAUCUCCUCACUGUGCCUGCGGGUCCGACUGCCCCCAGGGCUCUCCCUGCUCCAUCCCAGGGCUCUCCACCCCAUGGCCGCAGCUGGGUGCAGUCACCACCCGGUGAAGCUGGUGCUGGACAUGGACACCAAGGCCAAGCCCCCGCAGCCGCACUGGUACGAGCGCCGGGUCCAGCCCUGCGUGGCCGAGCUGCUGGGCACCGUGCUCUUCGUCUGCAUCGGCUGCCUCUCGUCGGUGGAGGACGCUGCGGGCACCGGGAGGCUGCAGCCGGCUCUGGCGCACGGGCUGGCCCUGGGGCUCAGCAUCGCCGUCCUGGGAGACAUCAGCGGCGGCCACCUGAACCCUGCCGUGUCCUUGGCCAUGUGGCUGGUCGGGGGGCUGAACAUCACAAUGCUCAUCCCUUACUGGGUCUCCCAGCUCUGCGGAGCAGCCAUAGGAGCCGGCCUGGCAAAGGCUGUGGCAGCGAGCGAGCGGUACGGGAACGCCAGCGGAGGAGCCUUCACCAUCAUCACAGCUGACGAUCAGGUCCCCUCUGUCCUCGGGGGUGAGAUCAUCCUCACCUCCUUCCUCGUCCUCGUGGUCUGCAUGGGCGCUGCCAAUGGGAAGACCAAGACCCCGCUGGCGCCUUUCUGCAUCGGCUUCUCGGUCACGGUCAGCAUCUUGGCAGGAGGUGCUGUGUCUGGAGCCUGCAUGAACCCUGCCAGAGCCUUCGGGCCAGCUCUGGUGGCCAAUUACUGGGACUAUCACUGGGUUUACUGGGUAGGGCCCAUGGUCGCUGCCCUCCUCGUCAGCGCGCUGGUGAGGACCCUGCUUGGUGACGGGAGCACCCGCCUGCUCCUCAAGUGAUGCUGGCCAUGGGGCUGUGUUUGUGCCGUUGUCACUGACCUGCCAUGGGCUGGUGCAGCUCAGCACAGCCGCUGUGAAGCCCACCCUGUUCCCGGUCCUGGUCCUGCUCCUCACCAUCCCACCUCCGCUCUGCCCCUCCUCACAAGCCCCAGCUCAGGAGAUGCUUCCCUGGAUGCUGCAGGGACAAUGGAAAGCAGCAGCUCUGAACUGGGCAUCCCUG